UCGCUAGUCGCGUUCCAGGUGACUGACCAUAAGACAAGAGGUCAGCAGAAGGAAAACAACACACGACAUGGAUAGUGCAUAUAAAGAGGACGAGCACACUUACGACUAUAUCGACUCCAGUGCCUUCAGUAAUUAUGCAUACGAGGGUCAUUCUAGUAUCCAGAAGAACAGAGAGGUAUUCGAACCCACCCCUCCAAAAAGAUCAUCUGUUUCUAUCAGUCGUCAGAAUCGAUGUUUGUUUGUGUCUGUCAUCGUUGGUGUCAUUAUAGUUAUCAUCACUGUUGUCGUCGUUAUUGUCGUCAAAAAAAAAAAUGAAAGUAAACCCCAGGCACCAAUGGAAUUUGAGGCCACCAUGACCCUAGUAACUCCAUGGCAACCAGAGUACGAUGACCCCGACAGUGAGAUUUAUCAGAGAUUUACAUCUGCCCUCCUGGCCCAGACAGAGGACGGUAUAAGAGAAAGUGAAGUUGGCAUGAACCUGGAUUUCAUCGUCAUUUCAAAUUUAAGCCCAGGAAGCGUGAUUUGUGAUAUCAAAAUCUUUAUGAAAACUGCCAAGUACUCAGUGAACGGAGCGUCACGUGACCAACUUCAUUGUAAUUCUGAGUACAAUUACAGAAAUCGUGAGAAAGGCCAAACAAGACAACCCAGCGUCACUUCUGGCAAAAGUCGACACAGCAGAAAUAAGUGUCAGACAGCCGCAAACAGGGGCACAGUCUGAUACAGAGUCAACAAGAAAUCCACCACAAACUUCAACGACCGCCAUAAGAUCAUCAUCAACAACAAAAACAACAACGACGACGACAACCACAUCAUCCAUAACAACAUCAGUAUUCCGCCGGACUUCGUCAAGUGUAUCCUCUACUCCAUCCACUGGUACUGACAUAACACCAGAUAUGAUUCCGGGGAAUGAUUCACCUUGUAGAAACAUUACCUACCUGGAGACAGUGCUCUUCGUGUCAUGUUACGAUGACGAUGCAUAUAACCGAGC